GACAGGAAAAUAUGUACUGGUCUUGUUUUAAAACAAUUUGUUUCGUUCAGAUUCUCUCAGAAAGUUUCAAUCAGCUGCUUGCUGUUCCUCAGAAGUUUGUUAACAAAAUGAGAGAGAAGUUAGAAAGUUCUGUUGCACUUAUAGGUCCGAGUGGUGCAAUAUGGAAUGUGGGACUAACAGCACUGGGAGAGGAGUUGUACUUUGAUCAUGGGUGGAAAGAGUUUGUCGAAGAACAUUCCCUCCAGAAAAAUGACAUGUUACUAUUUGAAUACAACGGAGGUUCACAAUUUAAGGUGAAAAUAUUCGAUCUCCAGAGCCAGUGUGAAAAAGAAUCUUCGUAUUUUAUAAGAAAAUGUGGACGAGGAGAUGGAGUUUAUAAGAUUGAGAGUAACCCAGCUCUUGCUCUAGCUCUCACUUCCGCUCCAGCUCCAACUCCAACUAGUGACGAUGAGACAAGCAGUGAAUCCUCGGUUCAAUUCCUUGGAUCCACAAAAUGGGCACCUCCUUUAGAUAAAAUUACACAGAAACAAGCAUCUCCACCACCAAUGAGGAAGACAAGUGAGGGAUCUAAGGAUACUACAUCACGCUCUCAGCUCAAAUCGAAUAGAAGGGCAGUGACGGAAGAGGAGAAAGGCAAGGCCAAACAAAUGGCAUCUGCAGCAGUUUCCCCUACUGGGUUCACUGUCAUUAUGGCUCCUGGGAAUGUGUACAGGAGAUUUGAGAUGGCUAUCCCGGGUGAUUGGGCGAAGACAAAUCUUCCUGAGAUUAAGAGAAACUUUGAUUUGAGACUGAGUUUUAAGGGGAAAACAUGGACAGUGAGAUGCUACCAGAGACUAAAAUUUGGGCGAAGAACUAUACUGGCUGGCAAGGGGUAUCGAAGCUUCGUCCUUGAGAACCAAAUUGAAGAAUUCGAUGUGUGUGUGUUCGAGAUGGCGAGUAGAGACACUGGUGAAGAUAUUUCUUUCAAUGUCAGCAUCUUCCGAGUUGUGGAGGAUGCUGUUCCACCAUCUCGAGUUAACCCAGUUUCGUCUUCAAAGUAAUCCCGCCCAUGUCGUCUGUUAUGUGCGGUUCAUUCUUAGAUUCUGU